CAAAUGGGAUUAUGCUGCAAAGUUCUGUAGUUGAACCUGAGUCAACAACAAACAGACAACCACUACAUAAGGGAGUUUCCUCAUUCAAAGCACCCCCUUGCAUCCCUAUCGAACAGUACCAUCAGUCUAAAAGACAAGGACCACAGAACUUGUUUCAUCAUGAAAGUAAUGCAUUACAGGUAGACACAUACAAAUUGAACACCAUGUCUGCUGCACAAACUGAACUUGCAUAUGUUGUUUUAAAGUCCAUAGAUGCUGAAAGAUGCACAAUCCCAAGCUGGACAGGUUUCCAUACAUUGCUUAAAGGUGAUGGCACUCUGCAAAAGUCAGCACUGUAUUAUCUUCCAGUCAUUGAGGCUUCACCGACAGAGAUGUCAACAGUAAACACAAUUCUGAAGCGAAGUGUCCAAAUUGCUGAUCAGCUAGAACUGGACCAUAUAGUGUUAGUUUUUGACCAAGCUAUAUAUGCCAAAGCUCAGCAAAUCCGCUGGAAAAACAAUGACUUUACUCAGCGUAUAGUGAUUAGACUAGGUGAGUUUCACACAUGCAUGUCCUACCUGAGCAUUCUAGGAAAAAGAUUUGGAGAUGCUGGACUGCAAGACAUACUCAUUGAGUCCGAAGUUGUUGCCCCAGGAUCCAUCAGUGGAGGGAUCAGUGGUCAUCACUACAACCGCAGCAUGAGGGUACACAAACUUCUGUAUGAGAGUCUGCAAGGCAUCAGAUUUCUCACCUUCGUAGACUCUUUGCCACCAAAGGAGAGAAAUGAGUGUAUGGAUGUCAUCAGUGAAAUCAAAUGUGCAUUCCAGGACAGAACCAUGGAUGUUUUGUAUUUACCUUCAUACUGGCUGGAAAUGGUCAAUUUGCCCCUCACACAUCCUUCUUGCCACAGUGAACUCGGUGUUAAAGGCCAGUGGACUGUGCAACGUCAAAGUGUCCAUGGAUUUGCCUCGAUUGCUUGUGACCAGGCCAUUGAGUUGCUUGGUGCCAAUCCGUGA